GACCCCGGGCGGCGUCACACCCGGAAGCGGGGGGCCGGAAGUGAGGCUGCACGGGCUGUCCCCAGGGGUGGGGAAGCGAGGCCCAGAGGAGGGGAAGACAAGGUGGACGGUCCCGGCCGCCAGUCUGAGUGGGACACGCAGCCUCAGGCCGCGGAGACGCAGAGCGAGGGAAGGGCGUCUCCGCCCUCCGCCCCUCAGCCCGAGCCAUGGCCGAGGCCGGGCCCGGGCUGAGUGAGACCGUCACUGAGACAACGGUUACCGUGACGACCGAGCCCGAGAACCGAAGCCUGACCAUCAAACUGCGGAAACGGAAGCCGGAGAAAAAGGUGGAAUGGACGAGUGACACGGUGGACAACGAACACAUGGGGCGCCGCUCAUCAAAAUGCUGCUGUAUUUAUGAGAAACCCCGGGCCUUUGGUGAGAGCUCCACCGAGAGUGAUGAGGAGGAAGAGGAAGGCUGUGGUCACACACACUGUGUACGGGGCCACCACAAAGGACGGAGCCGUGUGACCCCUGGACCGAGCCCCACCACCCCUUCCCAGCCCCCUGACGCCUCUCAGCCCCCUCCAGGGCCAAUGCAGCACUAAAUUCCUCUGCCCCCCACCA